AUUCAAGAAAGAGUAGUUAAGAAUAAUGAAAGAAUUCACACAGCAGAGAGACAGUACAGUUGUGAGCACUGUGGGAAGAGCUUCAGCCAAUCAGCAGCCCUCAGAAGUCACGAACGGAUCCACACAGGAGAGAGACCGUACUGCUGUGAACACUGUGGGAAGAGUUUCAGUGUGGCUGGGGCCCUGAAACGUCAUGAGAGGAUCCACACAGGAGAGAGACCGUAUUGCUGUGAACAGUGUGGGAAAAGUUUCAACCAGGCAGGAGCCCUCAAGCGUCAUGAGCGGAUUCACACAGGAGAGAGACCGUACUGCUGUGAACAGUGUGGGAAGAGCUUCAGUUUUGCAACAAAUCUCAAGAUUCAUGAACGGAUUCAUGCAGGAGAGAGACCGUAUUGCUGUGAACAGUGUGGGAAGAGUUUCAAGCAGGUAGGAGCCCUCAAACGUCAUAAACGGACUCACACUGGAGAGAAACCUUACUGCUGUGAACAUUGUGGCAGGAGUUUCAGUGUGGCAGAAACUCUGAAGUGUCAUGAACUGAUCCACACAGGAGAGAGACCGUACUGCUGCCAUCAGUGUGGGAAGAGCUUCAGUUUGGCUGCACAUCUCAAGAUGCAUGCACGGACUCACACGGGAGAGAGACCGUACUGCUGUGAACAGUGUGGGAAGAGCUUCAAACGUUCAGGCAAACUCAGAAGUCAUAAACGGAUUCACACGGGAGAGAGACCGUACAGCUGUGAACAGUGUGGGAAGAGCUUCAGUGUUUUAGGGUCCCUCAAACGUCACGAACAGCUGCACACGGGAGAGAGACCGUUCUGCUGUGAGCAGUGUGGAAAAACUUUUAGCUUGGCCGCACAUCUCAAGAUUCACGAACGGAUUCACGCCGGAGAGAGACCGUACCGCUGCGAACAGUGCGGGAAGAGUUUCCACCGCUCAGGAGACCUCAAGACUCACGAGCGGAUCCACACGGGAGAGAGACCGUACUGGUGCGAGCACUGUGGGAAGAGCUUCAAUCAGGCCGGCGCCCUGAAAUAUCACGAACGGAUUCACACGAGAGUGAAACCCAAUUCGUGUGAACGGUGUGGCAAGAGUUUCAAACACGCCGGAGCCCUCAAGCGUCACGAACGGGUUCAUGCAGGGGACGAACCAUUGUAGUGGUUCCGGGCAUAUUAUUUCACUUAGAAUAUAAGUGUUUUCAUGAUUAUUAGACGUCUUUAUGCGUCCUCGAAUCAAGCA